UGUAAGACAAUAACGGGAAGAUUUAUUUAAAAAAGUUUUUAUAAAGUUGUUUGUUAUAAAGUUUGUUAUUCACUCAACGAGAAAUUCAAGAUGGAGGAAGGCGUACCAUUUGGAAGCGGUUAUUUUAAGCGACCUGUUGGAAUAUUGAUGGUCGUAAACUCUAUUCUAUCCUUCAUAUGUUUCGUUUUGAAUCUUUAUUGGUUAGUUGAUGAUAGUGGUACAUACAGAAGAUGGGAGCAUAACUUUUUCAUGUGGUUAACUUGUUACUCAACAAUAACACUCGUUAUCUAUAUCUUCAGCAGCUGUUGUGACAGUAGGAAAGUCCGCUGCGGACAAAGUUUAAAGUCCGCACAUUUAUGGCUUGCUAUUAGUCUUACCAUUAUGUGGCUGUGUUAUCUGAUCAGUUCUUCUGCCCUUGCUUACCGUGGUAACAAAUGGAAUGAAACAAAACAGUUAUGUGAUGCAAGUAAAUGCAAAAUUAUGCUGACCUCAGCAGCAAUGGGGUUCAUUGCGUUUAUCGGUACAUUGGUGAAUUGUAUCUUGGUUUUGAUGGAUUGGAAAGCAAGCUAAACAUCUUAAGCAUUGUCGUAUUCCCUUACUUUAUAAACACAUAAUGAUGCUCGAAAAUCAUUGGCACUGUAUACUUGCAUACUCGUUUAUAAUAUGUGUUAUAUAUAACAUAGGACUAAUCCUUUGACCUACACGCGCAUUUUGUAACGUUGUAGAUGUACCUGAUUUUUUUGCACGCACUACCUUUUUUUAUAAAACUUUACACUUUAACUGUUUUGUUGUUGUAUUAAAUCAUAUACAAGAACACAUAACUUUUUCA